UGCCAUGCCUGUGCAAGCAGUUCCUGCCCUCCUCCCACUGCUGCCUAUUCUUCCAGUCCUCAGAUUUCAUAGCCUCAUUUCAGCAGCUUAGCUAUGAGACUGAACAAAGAAUCCAAAAUGAAGAACAUCCUCCUAAAUGCAGACAACCACACACUGUAGACAAACUCAGAAACACAGGCUGAAAGCCAUUUCUAAUGGUGACCUGAACUAGAAUGAAGUGGACAUGAACAAAAAGGAAGACCUUACUCAGCAGAUACCUUCUUCUGGAAAUUCAGAAAUUGGAGAGAGUACAGAUUAUUCCUUUGUGGAAAAGAACACAUCUGAAAGUGACAGUGAUGAAGUUGAUGGCAACAAUAUAUGUGGUUUCAGAAAGAAAAAGGGAAUCAAAGGUCCUACAAAGUAUGUUCCUUCUUUAAAAAAUGAGAAGAUGGAGCUGUCCCACACCUCAAAAAUCCCAGAUCCCUGUCCCCUUAAAGGAACCACUGGUUGCUCAGAACCACCAUCAGACCGGUCUCUCCAAAACCCCACUACCUUUUCUCCAGUGCAAAAGGACAGAGAGGGUGAUGACAGUUCCAAUUCUGGCAGUGCUGUGAAAGAAGACACGUCUGGAGAAAAACAAGAAAACCAGGAAAAUGCUGACACUGGGAAAAAAAUAGUGGGGAAAAUGGAGGAGGAAGUAGAUACAGCAGUUCAAAUGAAGCAGCCCACAAGCAUACCACCUGCGAGGAGUGCAGGGAAAGGUGGCUACACAGAGGCAGUGCAGAGGGAAAAGGGCAGUGAGCAGGCAGGGGCUAAGCCAGAAGAACAGGGUGGUACGAAAGAAAAAGUUGUAAAGUUUCAUGUGACGAAGAUGGGCUCCCUGGGCCGUGCUGUAUCCACACAAGGGAACAGUACUGCUGAGUCCUUCACAGGGGCACCUGGCAUUUCUAAACAAAGUCUACAAGAGUUGAAAAACCUGCUGAGUGAAGGUCCUCUGCCUUCUCAUGGGCCCAGUUUCUGCGGCAAAGCAGGUGGCACUUACACUCAGAAAAACUUGAAACCCUGGGAAAAAGCAGCUGAUAAGCAGGGCCGACCUUUUGAGACCUUUAGCCCCCAUUUUGGAGAGGAGAAGCAAAAGUAUUACACCUUCCACAAGGAGGGAGUGGGGCAGCAGAGCAAAAGUCUCCUGAUCCUCAGCUCUGCUGGCUCUGAUCAGCAGCAACCAGUGGGAAGCAACGUGGAUCAACUUAUUCUGGGACUACCAGCAGCUUCUACACCUGCAGAAAACUCAGCACCUGAGGUUCAGUUUGACUCCUCCACAGGCAACAAUGCAUCCAGCAGAGAGCCUGACGUAAACGGUCUCAGAAGUUCAACUCUCCUUCACCUGUUCUCUCAUAUUGAAUUUAUUAAGCAGCAGAUGGCCAGGGACAACGUGCAGUUUGUCAGAUUUGAAUCAAUAGACCUCCACGGUGUGUCAAGAUCAAAGAAUGUUCCUUCCCGAUUUUUUCAUGAAAAAGCAAUUCAUGGUGUUGCCAUGCCCAGAAGUUACCUUGAGCUGACGCUGAAUCCUAAAGAUAAUGAAUUAGAUUACAUAAAUGCAACCAAUUUUAAUUGUGACAUAAUUCUGAAUCCUGAUUUAUCAACGUUUCGAGUACUACCCUGGACUGAGCAGACUGCAAGAGUGAUAUGUGAUUCCUUCACUGUGCUGGGCAACCCACUAAUGACCUCACCGAGGCACAUUGCCAAGAAACAGCUGAGCCAGCUUCAGGACAAUGGUUUUUCUCUGCACUCUGCAUUCACUUAUGAAUUUUGUAUUUAUGGCAUUACUGAGGUUGUAAAUUCAAAGACAAUAUCCUUUCCUGCAGCUACAAUACUAAAUAACCAUGACCAGACUUUCAUUCAGGAGCUCAUUGAAGGAAUGUAUUAUGCUGGUGCCAACAUUGAAAGCUUUUCUUCUUCCACUGGGCCUGGGCAAAUGGAGAUCACUUUUCAUCCAGCGUUUGGCAUAGAUGCUGCUGACAGUGCCUUCACAUUUAGAACAGGCAUUAAAGAGGUGGCUAAGAAGUAUAACUACGUGGCUAGCUUUUUCUCAGAAUCAGGAUUCUACAAUUCAGGGGCUCUGUCACAUAGCCUAUGGGAUUUGAAUGGCCAGAAGAAUUUGUUUUCUGUUGGCUAUGGAGUUGAGGAGCUAACAGAACUUGGAAAAAAUUGGUUAUCAGGCCUCUUGGCACACACAGCAGCUAUCAGCUGCUUGAUGGCUCCUACCACCAGUUGCCGUAAGCCUUAUUCCAAAUACAGUAAAGAAUCAAAAGAGACUGUAAAUGCAAAAUGGGCAUAUAAUGAUAACAGCUGUGCCUUUAAUGUCAAAUGUCAUGGUGGAAAAGGCACUUACAUAGAGAAUAAAUUAAGUUCUGCUGCAGCAAACCCGUACCUGGUCCUUGCUGCUACUAUUGCUGCGGGUCUAGAUGGAGUAAAGAGGGGACUUAGGUAUGAUGAUAUGCUCGAAGAAGAAAAUCAUACUGGUGAUCUGAAACAUUCCUCAGUCCCUCUGAAACUAGAAGAUGCUCUUGUUGCACUCGAGAAAGAUUCCUGCAUUAAGGAAGCAUUAGGUGAAACUUUUAUCCGAUACUUUGUUGCCAUGAAACAUUAUGAGUUAGAAACUGAAGAAAUGGAUAGUGAAAGGAAUAAAUGCUUGGGGUAUUUUAUUUAG